AUGGCAGGUGGCGCUACAGAGCAGCCGCAGACGCAGUUUGAGAGCUGGAGAAGAUGUAGGAGUGGUACAGACACGGCAGCCUAUAAGAAUAAAGUCCAAAGCGCUCUGGUUCUGCACAAGGCUGUCGUGAUACGGAGGUUAGCGCUCACGCUGCAAAACUUGGACCAAAUCACCUCUCUGUUUGUAGAGGAUUACGAACCCACUAGAGCAUACAACUGCAGGAAGAAAGUGGUUCUGGUUGGGGAGGAGGUUCAUAUUGACAUUCUGGAUUCAACAGGGCAGGAGGACCACGCAGCCGUUAGAGAUAACUACUUUCGCAGUGGAGAGGGCUUCUUGCUGGUCUUUUCCAUCAUCGAGUCAGAGUCUUUCAGUGCCACCUUGGAGUACAGAGAGCAGAUCCUGCAUGUAAGUACAGAGGAGGAUAAAAUCCCCCUGUACUGGGUUGGUAAUAAGUCUGAUCAGGGUAUGAGGGGGUAGGUUUCUCUGGCUGGGGCAUGUGAGAAAGCUGAGGAAUGA